UGCAUCCGUACCUUAUCCCUAUAGUCAAAUGAAGCAGCAAUAUAUGAAAAAGUUUAUAGCAUUCAUAGAUGAGGCGAAUGACCCAUUCAUCGAUGGCUUGAAGAUCCAUCUGGAUGGUGUGACUGUCAUUAGCUCAUCCAAGGAUGGUGAGGAUGGGCACAAUGAUCAGAAUUUGGAUAGAAAUUCUGUGUCAAGACAUGUCACUCACGGUGCGAGGACAAGUAAACUGAGAACAACAGAAAAGACAUCGAUAAUAAAAAAUUUAGAAGAGCGCGUGUUUAUGCUAGAGGAGGCCAUAAAAGAUAUUGUUGAUUUUGUGAAACAAGAGAGGCUAAGGAGAGCAGAAAAGGAGAAGCAUAAGAAGAAAGAAGAAAAUGAAGGUACAAAGUUAACAUUCAUCAGUGAGGGUUUUUUGAGAUGACAAUGGAAUUAAAGAAGUACUGCUUGAGGUAGCAGCUUUGGAAUACGCCUCGAUCAAUGUGAUGAGGUAAUGAUCCCUGAUGAUGCAAUUGUUAUAGAAAAGUAAAAUCCGGAUGAAGGCAAUCAAGAAAAAGAAGAUGGACAAAAUAAAGAGGCUGUUUGUGAAGAAGAAAACAAAGUUGAUAAAUCAGCUGGUGUAGAGAAGGAUAAUCAUGAUGAAGGUAGGCAGUAAAAAGAAGAAAAAAAUAAAAGAACUAUUUGUGAAAAAAAACAAAGAAGAAGAUGGAGAGAAAUUAGAAGAGGAAGAAGGAGAAGGGAAAAAAGCAGUAGAGAAAAACAUGA